CUUAGGGUGAUCAAACCAAAUUAACACGAUUUGGUUGAACACUGCCUGAACCACGAAGUCAGUGUGUGAGGAGGACCAGCAGUGUUUGGGUUUUUUUGAGCCUUUGUAGCAGAUGUUAGCAAGACCUGAGACCUGUGGUUGCCAUGGAGUAAAGUCAAGGCUGUUCUUUUACCAACAGCCAAGAGAAUAAUCCUUGUCUAAGCUUCAGAGUGCAGCCAGAAUGGGCCAAGUCUGUCCCAAAAGGGCAGGAUUUCAAACAUCAGAAUCUGGUCCAUAUUCGAGGAUGAAAACCUGGGCUGUUCAGUGCAAGCUGGUAAAGCCCCAGCACUGGGCAGCCCCACACCCAUCUGCAUGGUCUCACCCAGUGCCUGUCACUGUGCCUGCAGGUGGGGUAGGUCUCAUCCCUGCUCUUUGCUGCAAAGUCUUUUGCCUUUACACGAGGCCAAUUGGGAUCCUUCUGCAGCAUCCUGUGCCCUUUUCGGUACUGGAGGUUUAACUGGUAUCCAAGCCAGGCUUUAAUCAUCAAACAGAGGUUGUUCUGCAAGACAACUCCCCGCAGAGUAACAAGGUGCAGGGUCAGUGCUGUUGCCCUUCACUGGAAAGGAGCACUGCUCGAACGUAGAGACUACUUGCGAGGACGCGGUGGUCCGUCUUUCUCGGUGGCAGGACCAUAUUUUCCGCCAACGUGUGGUUUUGGCAACACCCUCGGGAACGGACCCCCGAACGCAGGGGCGGGGCAGGAUGGGACGGUUCCCGGGCAGAGGCGGCAGUCACCCCGGGAAGGACCGUGUCCUUCUCGCCUGCCCGGGGCGUGCCCGCUCCCUCUCUAUUUAGAGCGGGCCUGGAGCCCGGUGGUGGCAGAAGCGGGACAGGGGCGAAGGCUCCUGGGAUGGCGUUUGGCAAGCGGAACCCCAAGCCUGGAGACCUGAUCGAGAUCAAGCGACCACUUUAUCAGCACUGGGCUCUCUACUUGGGCGAUGGGUAUGUCAUCCACGUGACGUCCGAAGAUGAAGGGAUCCCACAUCAGUCAUCUGGCAUUGUGGCCAUAUUGACCAAAAAGGCCAAGGUGAAGAAGCAACUCCUAAAGGAUGUGGUGGGAACUGAUGACUGGGAGGUCAACAACAAGUAUGACUGCUCCCACACUCCCCUCGCAGUGAAGGAGAUCAUCAAGCAGGGUGAGAGCUACAUUGACAGGGAGGUGCCUUAUGACCUGCUCAGCAAAAACUGCGAGCACUUUGUGACAAUGCUCCACUAUGGUGAGGAGGACAGCAACCAGGUCAGUAGAGCAAUUCGAUGUUGGACCUCUCUCGCUCGUAAAGUCAUCACUGGUGUAGUUGUCGGUGGUGUGGCUGUGGUUGCAACUGCUUCUGGUGCUAGUCCUGUUGUUGUUGCUUCUGUUGCUGCCAGUGGUGGUGCUGCUUUGGCGGACAGAGCUCUGAAGGCCUUGUUCUCAUAGGCAUUCAGGGAAUAAGAGAAAGAGCAACUGAUGGGCCAUUUGGAAGACCUCUGAGCAAGGCAGGGAGCCCCUGGCUGUGCAUGGUCAUUGCCCAGUAGUUGCCACACCUUAUGCCAAAGAUUACCAGCAACUUUUCCCCCUUUCUGUGAUAAUUAUUAAUUACAAUAAAAUCUAAACAAACUCA